CUUAAAACCUCCAAAUACAUCGUCUCUCGGAGUCGGACUUGUUUCCCGACGCCUUAUGGUUUAACAGUUAGUCCGAUUGAAAAUGGCGGCGUCAACUACUUUCGGCCUUCGUUCACUACCCUCUAAUCAAUGGCUACACAAACUCCGGACUCGAACAGCAACUGCAUCAAUACGUUCACGUUCAUUCACUACUCUCGCUUCUCUUUCUCCCGUUGAAGAUACCGAAGACAUUCAAUUGAACAUAAAUUCCAAUGAAAAUGUCCAAGCAACAGUGCCUAGUACUAGUAACAACAACAAUGUCAAGUCGAAGAAGCCUUAUUUUCCAAAGCGAGGGCAAACAUUAGAGCUAGUAUGUGAAUCCCUUGCUUUCAAGGGAAAAGGCGUUUGCAAAGUUGCUGACACUGGUUUUGUACUCAUGUGUGAUCGUGCACUCCCUGGAGAACGAUUUAUUGGCCGCGUCACUCGCAAAAGAGAGAAUUAUGCCGAGGUGAAGAAAUUGAAAACCAUAACGCCGCAUUUAAACUAUGUUGAAGCACCGUGUGAACAUGCUUCGCAUUGUGGAGGUUGCAAGACGCAGAACUUGUCAUAUGGAGCUCAGCUCAGGGCCAAGGAGCAACAAGUUCGCGACCUGGUUGUACACGUGGGCAAGUUUUCUGAUCGAGAGCCAGUAUUUGCUGAUGCUAUGAAACCCAUUGUUCCUUGUGAUAUCCAAUUUCACUAUAGGAAUAAGAUGGAGUUCUCGUUUGGCCCAAAGGGCUGGGUACCUGCUGAACAAUUGCAAGACGAUACAGAGGGCUCUCGCUAUGCUUUGGGUCUGCAUGCCCCUGGCUGUUUUGAUAAGAUUUUAAAUGUGAAUAAGUGCUUACUGCAAAGUGAUUCCGGCAAUGAGGUAUGUUAUGUGCUUUUUGAAACUAGUUAGGUUGAUAGAGGCCAAAUGUCUUUUUUCUCUUGUACAUGGUCUUUUGACUCACUUACAGUUUUUCUGGUGCAUGGAAUAAAGAACUUUUUGAACUGUAUUGUAGCAUGGAUCUAAGGCUUAGUGGUGACUGGGGUGAAGUGAACUGGUGAGUGGACCAAUCUGGUGCUGCACUGUACCAUUGUACUGGAAGCAGUGCUGGUGCCUAUUGUAGGGAGGAAAUAAGGAGGCGGGAAACAUCAAACAUGAAAGGAU